UCGACAAAGAGUCGUUGUGUGAACCCGGCAAACGAUCCCGAAUCACAACCCGUGCCCCGACUGCGUCGGGACGCACAACACCUGACCCCCAGCGAUAGCUCAGCACCCAGACUAUACGGCCUUCCGAAGAUUCACAAAGAAUCAGUCCCCCUACGGCCUAUCGUCAGCAACAUCGGGGGUCCCACCUACCAACUAGCCCGCUACCUCACCAAACCCCUCCAAAAACUUACCGGCCUCAACGACUCCCACAUCAGGAACUCAAUGGACUUCGUGAACAGAAUAACCAAGAUCAAAACCGAGCCCAACGACAUCCUGGUAAGCUUCCACGUGGUUUCUCUGUUCACCAACGUCCCAGUCCAAGACACUCUGGACAUCAUCAGAACAUCCAAAGAGAUUCCAUCCACCCUGUUCCCAUUAAUAGAACACUGCCUCAACUCCACCUAUUUCCAGUUCGAAGGAGAAUUCUACGAACAAACCACGGGAGCAGCAAUGGGAUACCCGAUAUCACCCAUCAUCGCAAACAUCUUUACGGAACACUUCGAGAAUGAAAUCCUGAAGAAGGCCCCACAAAAACCCUCCACAUGGUUCCGAUACGUGGACGACACCUUCGUCAUCUGGAACCACGGAAGGGAAACUCUACCUCAAUUCCUCACUUUCAUCAACUCCCAACAUCCCAACAUCCAAUUCACAAUGGAGACCGAACAGAAUUCCCAAAUCCCCUUCCUGGAUGUCCUGGUCCGAAGGAACGAAGACGGCACCCUAAGCCACAACGUCUACCGCAAACCAACGCACACGGACCGAUACCUCCACCUCCACGCAAACUCCCACCAUCACCCCGCCCAAAAGAAUUCGGUAAUCAGCUCUCUAGUCCACAGAGCACUCUCCAUCUCGGAACCAGCCGCCCUGAACGGAGAACUAAACCACCUUCACCGAACCCUGAUCAGGAACGGAUACAGCAGCAGAAACAUCAACCGUACAAUCAAGAAGCUGACCAACAAGGAACCCGGCCAGAACAACACCACGACACCAGAGACAGAGAAAGAGAAGAUUAAGGCAGUAGUACUCCCAUACGUCAGAGGGACCACGGACCGCAUCAGCAAAAUCCUGAACAAACACAACAUCAAAGCGAUUUUCAAACCUUUCAACAAGCUCUCACAAAUGCUCCCCAAUCCCAAGGACCGGAGACCCCCUUUGACAGCCCCAGGGGUUUACAAGGUCCCAUGCUCCUGCGGCAAAGUGUACAUAGGAGAAACCGGGAGACAGAUUAGUACACGAAUCAAAGAACACCAGCGAUGUGCCAAAUACGGCCACUUCUCACAAUCAACUCUAGCCGAACACAAGAUUGAGACCGGACACGCCAUCCAGUUCGACAAAGCCACCAUGCUGGCCCCGUCCCAAAGCUAUUUCGCACGAAAACACCGCGAAGCCGUUGAAGAUGACAGUCAAGUUACAUCGAAAUAUGAUGAACAAGCUGUGUGUUCCAAAUCUGAUACAUUGUACAAUAAUACUGAUGAUAAUAGUGACGCAAACAUUGCAAAAGAAAAGCCAAUACAAAAAUCAUUUAAUUAUGAACGAGAAAACAAUGUC